AUGAAGUACAUUGGCACAUCUUACGCAGUAACUACACUCCUCAUCCUUGGUGCAGUCGCACAACCUAUCGCUCAGGCAGGCGAUGCUAGAGUUGGGAAUACUGUUCAAAAUCAUAGUUUAGUAGGACGUCAUAAUGAUAACGCUCAUUAUGAUCCCAAGAAAGAUAAUAACAAUGACAAUAAUAAGUACGGUAAUCACUAUAAUUACGACGCGAAGAAAUAUGACAAUAACCCAAAACCAAAACAAGACAAUGAUGAUCACAAGAAAUAUGAUGAUGAUAAAAAGAAGUAUAAUGAUGAUCACAAGAAAGGUGGCCAGUACAACAACUAUAUGAAAGGUGAUCAAGGCUCUGGCGACAAGAAGUAUGAGAAUGAUUACAAGAAAGAUGGAAACAAGUAUAAUGGUGAUAACAAGUACAAUGAUGAUCACAAGAAAGGUGGCCAGUACAACAACUAUAUGAAAGGUGAUCAAGGCUCUGGUGACAAGAAGUAUGAGAAUGAUUACAAGAAAGAUGGCGGCUAUGAUCACUACAAGCAAGGAAACUACAAUAAUCAUAAAGGAGAUUACAAUGACAACAAGGUAGAUGGCUCCAACAAUGAUAAGAAGUAUCACUGA